AUGAACACCCUAGGCUAUGUCGCCCGCCAGUUCGAUGUCCUCGCCUCCCCCACAUCGGAAAAGAAAUCAGACGACAAACCAAGGCUGCCCAGAGUCAGCACUUGGUCUACAAAAUCCUUUCUUUUGCCCCCACCGACUGUCCCCACAACAAGAACAACCCCAAAGCGUUCUCAUUCUUCUCCCUCGUUUCGCCCCCAACCACAGCAGCCUCUUCCACCAGAUGUGACCAUGGCACCCAGCUGCAAGCCACAUAUCGACUCUGUCAUCGACCGUAUAUUCGUUAUUCGCGUCUUUCUCCUCGUCUGGGACCACCUCAAGUCGGCCUGGUCGUCGCUUGUUCGAAUAGUACAGGACAGGCAGUCAGUUCGCCUCAUCCAGGACUCAAAACCGCUUCAGGCUCUCAAGGACAAGACAGAGGAGGUCGCGUUGACCGUCGUCGACUCGGUCUCGUCGUCAUCAUCUUCGCUGUCACCGACACCACCCCCGCAGGUCGCUUCCGUUCUCGAAAAUGUCUCCGCGUCAAGGGCCGCCACUCCCCCAAUACCCCCACGGAAAACACCUUUUCAUUUGCCAAAGACCCUAGUGCUCGAUCUGGACGAAACCCUAAUCCACUCGACAUCGCGGCCUAUACCUUUCGAAACUUCUACUGGAUCAGGUAUUCUCAGCUUGGGCUCGUUUGGGAGGAGCAACAAAGGCGCUGGCCAUAUGGUUGAAGUUGUUCUCGGUGGCCGUAGCACCAUUUACCACGUAUACAAACGUCCAUUCGUUGAUUUCUUUCUUAGAACUGUCUCUAGUUGGUAUACUCUUGUCAUCUUCACCGCUUCGAUGCAGGAAUAUGCCGAUCCCGUUAUCGACUGGUUAGAUGCAGGUCGGGGUAUACUGGAGCACCGAUUCUUUCGUGAUUCAUGUACACAACUCCCCAACGGUUCAUAUACCAAAGAUCUUUCUCUAAUAGAAGCAGACCUCUCUCGUGUCUGCCUGGUAGACAACUCCCCGAUUAGUUAUACGGUUAACGAGGCGAACGGCAUACCCAUCGAGGGUUGGACCCAUGAUCCGUCAGACGAAGCGCUCCUCGACCUUCUCCCCGUCCUCGACUCUCUUCGCUUCACGUCCGACGUACGCCGCGUGCUCGGCCUCAGGUCUGCCGGUGUAAUGCACCGCCAUCACGAUUCAUGA